UCGUAGUCAAUUCUCCGCUCAGCAUUCGAGCAACACGGACGUUUCGUGCAACAGAAGCAACAGAUUACCUGACUUUUCUCUGUUCAGUGUUUUGUGAAAACAGCAAGCUGUGUUAUUCAAAGAAAAUGUGUGAAAAGAGGACGAGAAAAAUUAAAAAAGGAUCACAAUUAGCCCGCGUUCGCGAGGCCAGACGCACGCAGCGGCUCAACUUUCUCGCUGCGAACACCGCAAGAAGUAACAACCCUAAUCCGAUACCAUGCCCCGCUAUGGAGGCACGAAAGACCGCACAAAACCGCGUUAUACUCGAACUAGCGUGGAAAACGGUCGCACUAAUGCACAAAAACAGACUGAUUCAACAAAAAAUCAUAGCUCUUCAGAAGGAAACGUCAGAAUACGUCGCCGCUAUGAUGAACAACCCUGAAAAUAGACGACGUUAUAUGGAACAGAUAUGCCUUAUAGAUGCUCAGCGUCAAAACAUCGAUGCUAUUCGGCCCAUAAAAAUAGAGCCAGAUGAGUAAAUGACAGCAGUGAAUGAAUGGAACCUAAAGAGUGAAUGAAGGGUGUAACCUGAUUGUGAUUGGCGAAUUAUAUUCGCGCUUUGAUCUUAUAUAACAUAUAUUUAUAAUAAUAAGACUAUUAGUGUUACUUGAAUCUAUCUCACUAGGGAUGAUCGAUAUUGUAAAACAAUCGAUUAUAAAAGCGCAAAAAACCCUUAUCCGAUGUAUUUCAUCAAUACUUGGUGCA